UUCCAGUGCCCAAAUAGACACUGCGUCAAAGUUUCUUACCAACAAAAUAUCAUAGCAAUUCAAAAUGUUACGAACAAUUCUCAAACUCGCAUAUAGCAAGCAGAAAUCACUAGCUCGAAACUAUGCCCGGCGCGCUCGCAAUCCCGGUGUCGAUCGACGGAUGGCCCUGCUGAACAAGGAUCAGCUGCAUACCAAACUGGAAGAUUUGGAACAGCUGGAGGAGGCCGACUUCAGCCAGGUUCACAAAUCCCACAAACAGUACGAACAGGAAGCCCAGCACUACCGGGAAAGACUGCAAAGUUGGAUUGUUGGGAACAAGUAUUUCAAAACGAAGCAGCUUAAUUUUCUGACCUGGUCCGAGAAGGAACAGAUACGCUACUUGCAUAACUUCGACCCGGAAGAAUGGAGCAUCGAUAAGCUGGUGGAGAGCUUUCCGGCGGAUCGUUAUACUAUCGUGAAAAUUAUCAAGGCCAAAUGGAUUCCACGGGAUGCCAACAGGGUCCAGAAGCACGACGAAACGGUUCAGGAAAAUUGGGAGCUUUUUAAAUCUGGAAGAAUCAAGAACAUUGACGGUGGAUUUGCAGAGCACUUGAACAAGUUUGUUCAUCGAAACUUCCAGGAGGUUCAGAAGCCGAAAGUGGAACAUAAGCGACUUUACGAAAUACGACAGCAAGUUCCGGAAGACGGGGAGUUUUCGCGAAUUAUCACCAGUUGCAAGAAGUAUGCCCAAGCUUCGGAACAGACGGAUGUAAAACGGAUUGGUAAGAUGGAAGGAGCGUAUGAUGAGAUUCCCGAGAUUCCAGCCAAAGCACCAAAUCAGGACAUGUUUGUGAUGAAGGACGUAUCCGAUCGAUAUCCGAAGACACUUCGACAGGUAAAGCGGGAACUUGGUGUGUCAACAGCGGCAGAAGACAGCGACGAGUCGGAUACGUCCUCCGUGUUUUCAAGCCGCGAUAAUCUCAUUGAUGUGAAGAAAUACGAAUCGGAAUUGAUUUCUUUCGAUGCGAGCAACACACCAAGCAGUGUGCAUCCAGAUAUCAGGGAAAGCAUUCAAAUUCCUCGAAAGUUAUACAAGAAGGGUGCAACCUACCAGUUGGACGAUUGCUUCUACGACGACGAUGGAGAGUUCCUAUAUAGAGUGCCUGGCAUGACGGGAAAGUCUAGUCACUGAUGGGUGACUGGUCGGUGAUAGCGUUACUCCGUAGGAAAUGUGAUUAUGAAGCUUGUAGGCCAAUAUAACAAUAGUAGCAAGUUGAACAAAUUCCAAAUGUAUGAUUUGUAAUUAGUGAAAGAACUUUUCUAAUUAAUCUGCGUUGCAGUCUGCGUAUAGUUUCUGCUGCUAUUCAUGUCUAGUUGUGCACCUCCCCAAAAAAUAAACUAGCUCUAAUGCCAUCGACAGACAUGAUUGUACUAGCGCUGUUACAUAGUUAGCAAUAUUAUUUUUCAUAAAUAGUUACACAUAUUGAGCAUAUUUCUGCACUA